CGCCCCCAGGGAUGGACACCAGAUCCACAGAGAGGACUCUGGUUCAGACCAAGUUGUUUCCUGGGUGUGGUCCAGGAGAGGAUGAGCAAUGGAAUCGUCUGUGCGAAGUGGAUGAGGAAAAACACGUGGGUAGAUCGCCCAGAGUAAAAGGUUCAACGUUUGGAAGGUGGGUAGAAAAAGAGAGGCCACGCCUCAGAAUUGCCAGCAGGCCAGAGUCCAGGUGAGAUGGACAUCCAGCUCUGCACAGCCCCGGCAACUCUCGGCUCCCCAGGAAAAAUAAUGCUGAGACCCUGAUAAGGUCCGCUGCACCCGGCCAGUUUUGGGGGCCCUGGCUUAGCCGGGUUUUCGGAAGAGAGUUGAAGCUGUGAGGUGUAUAGGGCGGAGACGAAGCCAAGGACCGCGUCAAGGAAACCGGUCGCCCUGGUGCUUUCGAGAGCGCCCACGGGGAGCUCAGCUGCUCGGGCUGCUUUAAAACGCCGGCACGCCGGGAACCAGGCCAGCAGGGGGCUAGGCUUGACCUUGACCGUUGGAGCUGCUAGCUUGGCUCUCGCUGCCCGGCAACGGCGCGCUCCCCGCGGGCCUGCGGCUGCGCCUGCCCCUCCCUCAAGCGGAAUCGCGGGCGAUCCAGGCCGGGUUUUGCAGCGGAGCUGUUGGUUUGCGCGUGCUGAGCCCUCUCGGGUGGCGGUCGGCUGCAGGAGAUCAUGGUGCUGAGCGAAGUGUGGACCGCGCUGUCUGGACUCUCCGGGGUUUGCCUAGCCUGCAGCUUGCUGUCGGCCGCGGUGGUCCUGCGAUGGACCAGGGGCCAGACGGCCCGAGGCGCGGUGACCAGGGCGCGGCAGAAGCAGCGAGCCGGCCUGGAGACCAUGGACAAGGCGGUGCAGCGCUUCCGGCUGCAGAACCCGGACCUGGACUCAGAGGCUUUGCUGACUCUGCCCCUGCAUCAGCUGGUUCAGAAGUUACAGCGCAGGGAGCUGUCCCCAGAGGCUGUGCUCUUUACCUACCUGGGAAAGGCCUGGGAAGUGAACAAAGGGACCAACUGUGUGACCUCCUAUCUGACUGACUGUGAGACUCAGCUGUCCCAGGCCCCACGCCAGGGCCUGCUCUAUGGCGUCCCUGUGAGCCUCAAGGAAUGCUUCAGCUACAAGGGGCACGACUCCACCCUGGGCUUGAGUCUGAAUGAGGGCAUGCCAUCGGAAUGUGACUGUGUGGUGGUGCAGGUGCUGAAGCUGCAGGGAGCUGUGCCCUUUGUGCACACCAACGUCCCCCAGUCCAUGCUAAGCUAUGACUGCAGUAACCCCCUCUUUGGCCAGACCAUGAACCCAUGGAAGUCCUCCAAGAGCCCAGGAGGUUCCUCAGGGGGUGAGGGAGCUCUCAUUGGAUCUGGAGGCUCCCCUCUGGGUUUAGGCACUGACAUCGGGGGCAGCAUCCGGUUCCCUUCUGCCUUCUGUGGCAUCUGUGGCCUCAAGCCUACUGGGAACCGCCUCAGCAAGAGUGGCCUGAAGGGCUGUGUCUAUGGACAGACAGCAGUGCAGCUUUCGGUUGGCCCCAUGGCCCGGGAUGUGGAUAGCCUGGCAUUAUGCCUGAAAGCCCUACUGUGUGAAGACUUGUUCCGGUUGGAUCCCACCAUUCCCCCUUUGCUCUUUAGAGAGGAGAUCUACAGAAGUUCUCACCCCCUGCGUGUGGGAUACUAUGAAACUGACAACUACACCAUGCCCAGCCCGGCCAUGAGGAGGGCUGUGAUAGAGACCAAGCAGAAACUUGAGGCUGCUGGCCACACGCUGGUUCCCUUCUUACCAAACAACAUACCCUAUGCCCUGGAGGUCCUGUCGGCAGGUGGGCUGUUCAGUGACGGUGGCUACACUUUUCUCCAAAACUUCAAAGGUGACUUUGUGGAUCCCUGCUUGGGGGACCUGAUCUUAGUUCUGAAGCUGCCUGUGUGGUUUAAAAAACUGCUGAGCGUCCUGCUGAAGCCUCUGCUUCCCCGGCUGGCAGCCUUUCUCAAGAGUAUAUGUCCUCGGUCGGCUGAAAAGCUGUGGCAACUGCAGCGUGAGAUUGAGAUGUAUCGUCAGUCUGUGAUUGCCCAGUGGAAAGCAAUGAACUUGGAUGUGUUGCUGACCCCCAUGCUGGGUCCUGCUCUGGAUUUGAACACACCGGGUAGAGCCACAGGGGCCAUCAGCUACACUGUUCUCUACAAUUGCCUGGACUUCCCUGCGGGGGUGGUGCCUGUCACCACUGUGACCGCGGAGGACGAUGCCCAGUUGGAACACUACAGAGGCUACUUUGGGGAUAUCUGGGACAAUAUUCUGAAGAAGGCCAUGAAAAAGAGUGUGGGCCUGCCUGUGGCUGUGCAGUGCGUGGCUCUGCCCUGGCAAGAAGAGCUGUGCCUGCGGUUCAUGCGGGAGGUAGAACGGCUGAUGACCCCUGAAAAGCAGCCAUCUUGAGGGUCACUCAUCUGCCCAGCUCUGGAGGACCUAAGGCCCGUGUGCUCUGCGCUGCAGCCCCAUCUGUUCAGGAUACUGCCACCCAUGAGGAAAUGCCCACCACAGGGAAAGGGUGUCCCCCUGCCCUUCCCUGGACUCCUGUGGAAGCCCAGGACCUUCCACAACCAAGUCUGGACUUGCUCCCCUUUCUGGCCCACUUUCCAUCCUGACCCCACAGGCCAAGGAUCACCAAAGUCAGAAAACAAUGUGUUUAUGUAUUUUCUGGGUAUUUCUGUUAGGAUCCUGGGAAGCAGAGCCUGCCGAGAGGGCUGUGCUGACCCUCCAGAGCUGGCGGUAGUCCCGUCACUCUCCUGCUCCAAAGCUUCCCUAGGCCAUCACCCACAAGGUAGACACAGGGACAUGUCCGUGGCACUUGACUCCUGCCCUCCCUUUCUUGUUCACAUUGGCCCCAGCUUUGAUGGACACUGGCCAGGUCUUCCUCCCUCAUUCCACCUCUCUGCUGACACUCUCUGCUGACAGGCCCUUUUUUUUUUACUUCUUUAUUUGUUGUGGCGACAGAGUUUCUCUGAGUAGCCCUGGCUGUCCAGGAUCUCACUCUGUAUGUAGAUCAGGCUGGCUUUCAACUCACAAGGCUGCCUGCCUGGGUACUGGGAUUAAAGGCGUGUGCCACAGACCUGCUGGAUGGGAUAUUUUUUAGGGUCAUCUCUGUAACCCAUCUUCUACUUAUAUAUCCACAAAUCAGAACACCGGACCAAGGAAGGAGCCUGUCACCCUGGAUACCUGCCAGGGAACACUUACAGAGACAGCAGUGUCAUCAGUUUGAGCUUCCCAGCCAAACAGUCUCCAGUCUGCUUUUUGUUACAGUGCUGGUAUUGGCCUGGCUUCUGAUCUCUCCUCCACGUAGGUAGGUCAUAGAGGUGACCUAGGAUACCUUAAGUGAGACCCCUUGCGGUCUGGGCUCUGUAAGGUUUAUCAUCGUAUGCCUAGCACCCAGCAUGGUCCCUGGCACUUAGUGAAUAGCCAGUGCAGGCUUGUUGGAGGGAUGGCAGAUUUAUUCCUAGGGAAUUCAUUUCCACACCUCCUGAUUACUUCCUUACGUCAUCCAUAAUAGGGAAUUUCCCAGUUUGUCUCUGAACUGCUGCCUUUAUCUAACCUACUUAAUCACCUACUUUGAUUCAAGACCACAGGGGCUAAUAUCUCUUUGUCUGUGAUCAACCUAGAGCUUUCUCCUGGUCUAGAAAGUUGCAUGCAUCAACUUCCACCAACCCUCUUCCCCCUCGUCCUCCUCUUCCACCCAGCCCAUAAGCACAUUGAAUUCCUCCCACUAUGCUCAGGGUGAUCAGACAGAAACAGCUCCUGCUUACAUGGUUUUUCAUUCUACCAUCAACUGCGUAAUCACACUGAGUGUCUCAAAUACUAUAAAGCAGAAAUCCCUGGGUAUGAUGACACCAAGCAGGCUGUCUGGCCUGCAGGUAAUUUGUGCAAGAGUAGGUAUGUCAGGGAGUGUGAAGUGACAUGAAGGCUGGGAAGUGCAUGGUUAAUGGGAGCCAAGGACCAAGUAUUUCAAGAAGGGUGGAGUGAACUCAGGCGAUCAGGGCAGGUGAAGGGAGGGAUGGGGAGCUCCACCUGUCAGCAUUGAACUGAGUGCCUAUUGUUUGCCAGACACUUAACAAAAGGCUGCCCAGGUCCUUGCUUUUAGGGAACUCAUUUUCUAGAGAGAGGGCAUGCAAAUAAGACCAUAAAUAAAAUAACUUCUGCUGGUGAUAAGAGUGAAUAAAUAAAAAAGGUUGGUGUGGUAAUGGGGGCUUGCAGCCUAAGGAAAGGUGAGGGAGCAAGACCCAGGUUUCCCCGGGGUGUGCCGCAGCUGUUACAUGGCCUUCCUUCCAGAGGGGCCUGAAGGCAUCACCAGACAGCUUAGGGUACCAAGAGGUAGAAGGAUGGACCGGGACAAGCUCUGGAGCUGUUGAGGGUGAUUCGGCAUCUACUUCUAAGUGACUUGAGGCUCAGAUCCAACAGUGUUAGCCACAAACUUGACUCCUUGUCUCCUGACUUCCGGGUGUUGAGAAUAGUCACUAUUCCCUUGGUCGUAGUGAUUAGUAGCCACACUGACUAGCUUAUGGAUGGCUGUGCCUCCUCCUGAAACAUCAGGAACAGUAGGGUUCCUAACGUGAGCCACUCUGCCUUGCUUCUGGCUCUUAUAGCUUCUACUCUUUUCCCAGCCUUACCCACAAACCCAUUCUUUACUGGGAGAUGCAGCAAAUAGGGAGGCUGGAUCCCUAGGAUCCUAGCUGCCUGCCUCAAUCCUUACUUUCUUGGGUUAUAUCCCCAGAGAAGUUGUGGGAUAGACCUGAGGAGUCUUUCCAUCUCUUAGAUGAUCCUGUCCUCCAUCUCCACUGAGACAAGAACUUAGUUAACACAUUCUCCUAUCCACAUUCACCCAACUCCAUUCUGAAAAUGUUUGCUCAGCAUCCUAUAGAGACUUGAAAGCAUCCAUUGCAGCUGCCUGGCUGGGACUGACAGAUGAAAAUUGGCUCUGGGUGCAUCAUAUCAUAAUCCUUCCUAGGGUGGAGGGGAGAAGGCAGGGAAAAGGAGCAAUGAGACAUAGCCUUGGAUCUGCUGUGUGGCCUAGAGGAUGUGAUGGCACUCUCUGGGCUUUGGGCUCCCCAGUUUGGAGUCCUCAGUUUGGGAAGCACACUCCCUCUUGGAGCCCAGUGGGGAUAGGGGUUGGGGAUGGCGUCUCAUGUACUGAAGACCCAGACAGAGUGUCCUCUGCUGUCCUCUCUUGGUGAUUGAUGGCCCCAAUGGACAGCUUCUCUGCCUGAGCUGCCGCAGUUGCUGAGAAUGUGUAUUAAUAUUAAUUGGGACUAAUUAGUUGGAUAAAUCAAUCCACCCCCAGAGAGCAGCAAUCCCUCCCAGACUGAUGAGCAGGAAGUCUGGUUAAUGGGGCUGCUGUGGCGAAUCCGCAUGAUGGAGAGGACUCCUGGACUUGCCGAGGCCCCAGCUGUGGACACUGGAGGCCUAGGAACCAUUACUGUGAAUGCUGCAUGUGCCUCCUGCUGGAGCUUCACUGUGCUGUGGUGUGUGUGUGUGGUGUGUGUGUCUAUCUGUCUGUCUGUCUGUGCGUCUAUGUGUGUGUAUGUGCGUGCAUGCGUGUGUGCCUGUGUAUGCAGUGGUGUGUGUACCUGAGUGUACUAGACAGCAGUUUCCUCUGAUUGAAACAUUCCCUGUCAAGGAAAAGAGAGGGGCUCAUGAAACUUGUGAGGUAAAUAGACCCUGUGGAGUCUAGACAAGCUACAACUUGGGAGAUUCAUGAGGCCCCCUCUCCAGGGCUAUGGAAGUAGUAAACAGCUCCUCGGGAGAAAACUGACCAGAGUUCUCUCAGACUUGUAAAGCUUCCUACAAUAUGUACAGAGAGCUCCAGGGUUGCAGCUUUUGUGAGUCAUCCCCUGUGUCCAGGUGGACUUUACAGUGAUGCAACUGCUUUUGUGUCAUCCCUGUUCCUGUAACACUUCACCCACACUCCUGUAGUAACCCAGAUAGAAACUCAUUGGUCUGCAAAGUUGGACUUAAGUGAAACUGUUAUCUUAGCCUACUGUGAGUUCUCUCUUGGGGUGAGUAGAUGUGUAUGAGUUGUGUCUGCCCAGGAAAAGUCUCUUAUACAACGGUCUGUUGUGUUACUGCCUGGAGUGUGUAUGUCUUGAUGUGUAUAACUGAGGUUGUUUGGAAUGUUUGCCAAAUGUAUAAAAUGUCUGCUAACUGGGAACAGCUGGUUCCAUCUGGGUUUUGACAUCUGGUUGGUGUGCCUAUAGGGUUAUAGGCAGUGGGACAUGCAGCUACUAGCCGGUUACCCACUGGGAUGUGUGCCUAGUUGGCUAGAGGAGAAGAGGGUUUAGAAGAGGCCAUCUAUCUCUAGGAUCAUCCCUGCAAGUGUCUCGGCUCUCAGCACCCUGUUCUCCCUACAAAGCCACAGGGUCUGCCCUAGAUGGCUUCCCAGUCUGACCAUCCUCCAAUGGAAUGCCCUUAAGACCUCAGAUAUGGAGCUUGAUGUCCCAGGAAUGGAGGAAAGGCAAAGCCUCGAGCAACCUCAGUUCAGCUCAGUGUUGCAGCAUUGCACAGGACUCUGCUCAAUCCAUCCAGGAGAUUUCUCUGGGUUGUUCUUUGUUCUGAUUCCCAUAUUCAUUAUAAAGACGAAAUCAGGUAAAACACCUGCCAUGCAGUGUAAGAACCUGAGUUCGAAUCCCCAGAAGCUGUGUAAAGCUGAGUACCAUAGUGCAUUCUGUAAUCCCAGCACCCCUAUAGCAAAAUGGGGGUUGAGAGACAAGAGAAUCUCAGAGUCACUCAGGCCAGCUGGUGUAUGUAGUAAAAAACCUGCUCUCUCCCCUAGGCUGGGCUCAAACUCUUUGGUCUUGGUUCAAGCAAUCCCUUUGCCUUCUCAAGUCCCUAGCUGGGACUACAAGGGUACACCACCAUGUCUGGCCUGAAUCUUUUUCUUUGAGACCCAUGGUCUUUCCCUUGGGAUGAAUCCUCUCUCUGCUCUUUGCUCAACCAAUAGCUACUAUGCUCAUAGAUUUCUGGCUCUUCCCAUAUAGCUUAGCAUUUGCACAGCCAGGCAUCUGUGAUAUCAGCUAAGUCUGAGCGGUUCUGGUAGCAUGUUAUAAUAAAUGGUGUUGACCCCCUGAGAGGUCAUGUCGAGUGG